AUGGAGGUGAACGAUUUAAUCGCGAACAAUCCCCACGAGAACGAAGAAGAGGAGGAACAGGAGAAGAGAAACAACAGAACGAGAUUAGCAGCGGCGAGAAGUAAUCAUCAUCAUCAGCAUCAUCAUCCGGCGAUGAUGGAUAAUAAUAAUAAUAAUAAAAACCAUAAAGUCGUCGAAGCGGCGCUGGAGCUUCCACCACCACAAAUACAACAACAACAACAACAACAGCAGCAGCAAAUGUUUCAUCAAACCGCGCACCCAUCACAACAACAACAACAACAACAACAACAACAACAACAUCAUCAACAUCAUCAACAACAACAACAACAACAACAACAACAACAGCAGCAAAUGAUGAUGUAUACUAAUCCUCACCAGCCAGCGCGGCACGGAACGUAUCAGCAGCAGCAGCAGCAGCAACAACCAAACCACCUUCAUCAAGGAAAUCUAGGAGAAGCUCUUCCUCAAGCACCUGCGGCUGGACUUCACCGGGGAAAUAUUGGUACUGGAGGGAGGCACGAAAACAACAUGGAAUACACGGCGGCGCAACAGUUGUCGCAGUUACAAAACAUCCACCCGAACGCGAUCGACGCGCAAUCGUUGCUAGCGUUGGCAAUACAAAACCAAGAGGUAGAGUCGAACCUCGUCAGGCGUCAGACGCAAAGACCCCCAUCAGGGUGGAGGAAAUCGGCCAACUGCGUCAAGUGCUCGAAACCGGCGCCGGUUGGUUUUCGGUACAAAGUCAAAGACUCUCCUGGGAAUUUUUACUGCAAAACGUGUUACAACGCGCAAAAUACAAAGAUGAAGAGAGACACGUGCACGUCCUGUCACGUAACGAAAGAUUCUUUGACGUGGUUUAAGUCGAAAAAGACGCCCGGGGGGGCGACGUUGUGUCAAAAGUGCUACACCUCGGAGAUGAACGCGCGAGCGAUUACGUGCAGUAACUGUCAAAGUGAUAAAACGACGAACGCGUGGGUUCGCUCGAAGACAGAUAAGAGGAAAUACUUGUGUCAGCAGUGCUAUCGCAAAGAGAAAGGAAAGAAAACGGUAUCGAAAUGUGGAGAGUGUAAUUGCGAUGUCGAGGUUGGUGGGUGUAGGAAAUCCAAGUUGCAGAAAAUGAAGCACUUGUGUGGCGCGUGCUUCGAGAACGAGCAAUCUCUCAUUAAGCAGAAGCCAUGCACGGCUUGCGAUGGGAAAUUGGACCCGGACAAUUUGAGGAAAUCUAAGGUGGAUAAAUCAAAUUAUUUGUGCAAUAAGUGUUAUCUGAAAGAAUUAAAUUCGAUGGUGAAUAAACAGUGCGGGAAGUGCGGCACGAAAGAGUCGCCUGGGAGUUGGAGCAAAUCUCGAACAAAUCAAGGAGUGGAUUACUGUUCGCAGUGUUUUUCCAAGGAGAGAGCAGAGUUAAAGAAAGCCCAAAAGCAAGAGGAAGUAAAUAAAGCAGCGGCGGCGGCGGCGAACAAUGCCACGGAUGCGAUGCAAGUAGGAGUUGAGGCGGGCGCGAGUACUCCCAAUCGCAGCAUCGAGCAGGCGGAGAAUAGCACCCCCCCCUCGACGCGGGGCGGAAGGAAUGCACGCAACAAGAAGUGA